AGUUUCCCAGCCACUCGUGGUGAAGUUCAGUAAAGACCAUCUGAAGACAUUCUGCAGUCGAUUGCUUACAACACUACUGUUUGAGCAUAAUCAUCAUGGAUGGGGUCAGCCUCACCCUCUCGCUACUUCUGAUUUGCAUGCUAUCAUUUCAAGGUGGCAAUGCACAAAACGAGCCAGGAGCAACCGUACAACUCAACCUGCCUGCAGGCAACUGCCUUGAAAAGCUGUUGGUGAGGUCUGGAGUUCCUCUGGCCAAAGCCAUAACUUACAAAGGAACCUUGGCCUCGCUGCAAUUCGACUUGCCAAAGAUCAAGGCCACCGACGAGAAACUGCUGGCGUUCAUUCUGGAGAAGAACUUGGCACAUGCCAGGGCUGUGCAAAGUUGUUUGAAAGGAGAUCUACCAGCAUGCCACGACUACAGCCCAUGCGGCUCUGAGGGUCAAUGUGAGUUCAGUGAGGAACUGGCCACGUAUCACUGCGUCUGCUCUCCAUACCGCACUGGUGACUUCUGCCAAGUGGACACAUCAGUGCAACGGUUGACCAAUGCAGUUGACGUCGUCCGAGGAAACGCUGUCAAGAAUACCAAGAAGGUCACUGCAGUUAGCAAGCGAGUUGAUGUGCUAGAGGCAUACAAUGCAGCGUGUUACAAGUCCUUGGUUGGUUACGCGUUCAACUCCAGACACCAUCAGUAUAUUGACGACAACGACCAUGCCCAGCUGGCCAGCAUUACGUAUGUCAAGAAACGUGCAGACACUCUGCUGAAGGUCUCUUACUCUGCUAAUAUCCGUGUGCUUGGCGGAGGUGUGAACGGGGGUAGGGCUGCAAGGUGGUUUGUGAAGAUCGAUGGACAGGAGUGUUCCGAUCCGACCCUUGUGGAUAUCUGGUACUAUCGCACCGACACGGAGAACAUUCACAUUCCGGCCGAUCUGAAAGGUAUUUGCCGCGGUACCUCUGAUGGGCGAAUUGGUACCGGAUCCCAUACUAUCACAGUCCAUGUGGGUGAGUCGCCCAUUGACAAUCAUCCUCUCGGCCGUACUUCGAAUGGAUACGGCAGCACACAACUCCUUGAGGUACAAGAGAUUUGCCCUCCCUUCUAAACCGACUGAAAUAUAGUGGAAAUCGUUUUCAGGCUGCGCUUACCGCUCUUAGAUAAUGUGUGUGAUUAUGCGAAAGUACACGUACACGUGCACGGCCGCACCACCUCUUUCUCUGUCUUACCUCCUAAUCUGUUCUCGCCAUUUGUCUAGUGUUUCGCAUUCCUUCUUUCCAACCUUACACCCAUCUAUUACAUGCACGUUCCUCUUCUGCUAAAACGCUAGCACACGAGUACUUUUUGCUUGCUCUACUAUCUCAUGUUCUCCUCUUUUCCUUCAAUAUUUUCUUAUUUUACAUCUCACAUUAUGCAUUGGAAGAUUUACGAAAUAAGAUACUCGAUUCCUGGCGGUGACAGACAAUUAUAAUCUUCAUCCUUUUCUUUUUUUCAAACGCCUUCAAACU